CCCACCGGUUCACAAAAUAAAGCCACCCCAUUGGCCACACCAGAUUCUUUGACAACAACUGUACUUGCCAUAAAAAUAUCCAACUCCCAGACACAGUACUUUCAAUAAAUAUCCACACAAGUCGGCGCUGAACUUUCACUUUCACAUGAACCAGCCUCCUCCGCGUCGCCAACAGUAGCCGCCUUUCACUCCCUAUAUAAACAUGCUCAGUACCCUCUUCUCCGAUAUUUUCGAAUUUUAUUUGAUAAAUUUAACCUUUUUUUUUUGGUCUCUCGAAUUUGUUAAAAAUGAACUAUUAUGAAGAUGCAUGGUCGAAUGUUGUUCCUCAGCCGCUGGUGGUGGACUCUUCGAUCCCGCCUUUUCUGUCGAAGACGUUCGAUCUGGUGGAUGAUGCGGCGUUGGAUUCGGUGAUUUCGUGGAGUGGUGGAGGGCUGAGCUUUGUGGUGUGGGAUCCGCUGGAGUUUGCGAGAGUUGUACUUCCCAGGAAUUUCAAGCACAAUAAUUUUUCGAGCUUUGUUCGACAACUCAAUACUUAUGGAUUUCGCAAGAUUGGAACCGAGAGGUGGGAGUUUGCAAAUGAAAGUUUUGUACGAGGGCAGAGGCAUCUGUUGAAGAACAUACAGAGGCGCAAGUCACCUCAUUCUCAGCAGGCCGAGAAUAUGGUUGGAUCUUCACUUGAAGUAAGAAAACCAGCAGUAGAAGCUGGGAUAGAACAGUUAAGAAAAGAGAGGACUGUGAUGAUGCAGGAGGUCAUCGAAUUGCAGCAGCAACAUCGUGAAACGAUUCAGCAUAUGGAAGCAGUGAACGAGAAGCUCCAAGCAGCAGAACAGAAGCAGAAGCAGAUGGUUUCUUUCUUGGCAAAAGUGUUCCACAACCCUGCGUUCUUGGCUCGCCUUCAGCCAAAGGAUCAGUUGAGCAUUAUGUCUCCAAGAACCGCAAAAAAGUUCAUGAAACAUCAGCAAACUGAACAGGCUAUGUUAAGUUUGUCUGAGGCUGGACAGAUAGUAAAGUACCGCGAUGAUUUAGACCAGAAUCUUGCCACACCUUCAAGAAAUCCUCACCUAAUCCCAGUAGCAGCUGAACAGAUAGCUCAUUUUAUCUCGGAAGAAAAGGUUGAUAGCCCUGGUUUAGGUGCAGAAGGUCCACCAUGUCAUUUUGAGAACAUUGGAUCAUAUGCAUUCGACAUACCAGAUGAUCUUCCUAGGCCCCUAGAACAAGGCAGAAUGGGAACUCCAAAACUGGAGCCUAAAGAGUGUUUUCAGGAGUAUUCUGUGUCUCCCGGAUUUGAAGAAUUGGCAAGACCAGAAAAUUGGAACAUGGGUUUUGAAGCUGGAAUUUCAGGUUCUAACACUGAAGUGUGGGGUAAUUUUAAUAAUUUUGUUGCACCAGAAUUCAGAGUCACCAGUGGAAUGUCAGAUAUAUGGGAGGUAAGUUCCUCAGAGGUGGCAGUAGGUCCUGAAUUCGAUAUUUGGCCAGCUGAUGAGUUUUGAUUUCAGAGCCAGGUUGGCCAUCCCCCUAGGGAUACAACUUCUUAUGCACUUAUGUUAAAAGCACAAUUUGGUUCUAUAUCGAGUACAUAUUUAUUCA